AUGACUCAUUACAAAUCUUCACUGCGCGCCAAAUGAUUACCAGAUCCCCAAUUAAUCAUUACACAAGAGAUGGAUUUUACAAAAUCUAAAUUCAGUCGCCGAUACCGCUGAACAAAGGAAUAUAUGUGAACAUGGUGAAUAUGUUUGAAAUCAGAUGUUGGCUGUGGUUAUUCUUACGGCAUCACUAAUGUAUCGAUCACCUCUUGAUCGCUAGUCAGGGAAAGGGCAGGACUGAAAUGGAGGACGAUAAGAUCGAGCGUCUUCGGGAGCGGAUCCUGCAGUGCCCAAUAUGCAUGGACGAAUACAAAGACCCGCGAAUACUACCCUGCCAUCACACGGUGUGUUUGAAUUGUCUACUCGACUAUGUCAGACAUUCUUCGUCAUCAGGGCGUUUAUUUCGAUGUCCACAGUGUCGUUCUGAUAUCUGUGUGCCGCGUGGGGGCGUCAAAGAUUUUCCUCCCAAUUUCUACGUCAACUGCAUUCAGGACGAACUUGGGUCGCGUCCUUAUUUUGGAAUCUGCGAUAUUUGCGAACGAGAUUGGCUUAUUUCGCAAUACAGGUGUGUAGACUGUGACCUUGAUAUAUGCCGAUUUUGCAUUCACGAGCAUAGGCUUUUUAAACACGAUGCUGGAAGGGAUGUUACAAUCAUGCGCAUAGAGACCGGGAAUAUUACGUCAUAUAUGGCGUCAGAAAAAGGUUGUGAGAACCAUUCAGGGGAAGCACUGCAGAUGUUCUGUAGCACGUGCGAAGUAGCAGUCUGCGUCACAUGUGUUUGUGAAACACACAAAAAACACGAAACUAUGCCUUUAAUAAAAAAAUUAAUGGCUUCGCAAAAAGCACUCCAAUUUGACCUUGACGAUUUGAAGACUGAGGUCAAGUUAACUCAAGAUUCUCUAGUAGAGCUACGCAAUCUUCGAACUAAAAUACAAGAGAAAUCUGAUAGCACGAUGACGUCAAUUCGUUUACGAGCCCGGGAACUUGCAAUUGAAAUGGACAAAAUGGCGGAACUAAAAAUAGAAAAAGUCCGAGAUACCACCGGCAAAGUCCUCCAAGAUAUUGACAGCUACAUCAAAGAACUAGAGCUUCUUCACAACCAGGCAAGGAAGGGGUGUGGCUUCUUAGAGGAUCUCCAGGAAGAUGACGUCAGCUUGGAGUUAUUUACAUGUUUUACCAAAUAUAAGAAAGGGCUAGAGGUUGUCCGAAAAUCAGCCCUAGAUAAAACAAUCCGAACACAGAUCCCCAGUUUUGAAGCAGGAAAAGUCUGGCAGUACUUUGGGUACCACUUUUUACGGUUUGGAGACCUGAAGUUUGUCAAGGAAAAGGCAAUUUUCUUGGAACAGGAAAGAGAACGACGGUUUGCCGGAACCUCCAAAUGCCGGAAGUUGUACUCCGUCAUUCGAAUAGGACUCUAUUUAUUAUUCUUCCUUCUAAUAAUAUCCGGACUUUGUAUUCUUACUAAUAAUUUGUGGACUUCCGAUCACUUGUGUCUGGAUAGAAUUGUGGGAUGGCUUUUCUUCCUACACCUUACAAUUACUGGUGCUUUUGCUUUCUACAAGUCAAGAUAAAGAAAAAUGUUUUUGUUGUUUUUGUUAUGUUUGACCAGAUGUCUUUCCAAAUGUCCUUGAUGCUUUUGUUAUAUAUGGUCUGUCUUGGAUUUGAUGGAUUAGUGUGCGCACAUUUUUUUAGCUCAACUGAGCUGAAAGCUCAAGUGAGCUUUUCUGAUCACAUUUUGUCUGUAGUCCGUCUAGCUGUCUUUGUGUCCGUCCAUCUGUAAACUUUUCACAUUUUCGACUUCUUCUCCAGAACCACUGGGCCAAUUUCAAUCAAACUUGCCUCAAAGCAUCCUUGGGUGAAGGGGGUUCAAGUUUGUUCAAAUGAAGGGCCACGCCUACUUCCAAGGGGAGAUAAUUAAGAAUUGGUGAAAAUUUGGUGUCAUCUUUUAAAAAUCUUCUUCUCAAGAACCGUUGGGCCAGAAAAGUUGAAACUUAUGUGAAACCUUCAUUACAUAGUGUAGAUUCAAGUUGUUCAAAUCAAGACCCCCAGGUGUAUGGUGGGGCCACAAUGGGGAAUCAAAGUUUUACAUAGGAAUAUAUAGUAAAAAUCUUAAAAAAUCUUCUUCUCAAGAACAACAAAGCCACAAUUAGUCAUAUUGAUUUUGAAUCAUCCUCAGGUAGUGUAGAUUCAAGUUUGUUCAAAUCAUGACCCCCGGGGGUAGGAUUGGGCCACAAUGGGUGAUCAAAGUUUUACAUAGGAAUAUAUAGAAAAAAAUCUUUAAAAUCUUUUUCUUCAGAACGAUAAAGCAACGAUUAGUCAUAUUGAAUAUGGAAUCAUCCUUAGGUAGUGUAGAUUCAAAUUUUUUUUUUCAAAUCAUGACCCCUGAGGGAAGGGUGAGGCCACAAUGGGGGAUCAAAGUUUUACAUAGGAAUAUGUAGGAAAAAUCUCUAAAAAUCUUUUCAAGAACAGGAAAGCCAUGAUUAGUCAUAUUGAUAUGGAAAUAUCCAGAUAUUGUAGAUUCAAGUUUGUUUAAGGCAUCCUCCAGUAGUAGGGUGGGGCCAUAAUGGGGGAUCAAAGUUUUACAAAAGAACAUAUAUAGGUAGUAUCUUUAAAAAAAUUUCUUCUCAAGAACAACAAAGCCAUGAUGAGUCAUAUUGAUAUGGAAGCAUCCUCAGGUAGUAUAGACUCAAGUUUGGUGACAGGCGAUCAAAGCUUCACAUAUGAAUAUAUAGGAGGAAAAUCUGCUGACGAAGAACAACAGGGCCAUAUUGACUGAGGUGAGCGUUGUGGCCCAUGGGCCUCUUGUUUUAUAAAUAUAACUGACAUUGGAAAUUUUCGUUUUUACAAUCCAAUGUCCAUAUCUAGUGAGGGCAAAAGUUAUAAUUAUUUAUUUGACAUGUAUUCUCCAACACACACAUGUAAAUAAAACAAAAAUUAAAUUUUGAAA